UUUUUAAUCAAAUUGCUUUGUAACCUGCAUUAAAUACAUACUGCUGAUGUAGAGCUUAACUAAAAACCUCACCAAAUUCCCGUCAAAAUUCUCGCAGAAUUCCUUCUUCCAAGAUCAAGUUGUCACGUACUUCCUCGUUUCUCAACUUUAUAGAUCGGUCUCGACUUUGAAGAAUCCCUGAAAGCAGUACUUAAACAAUCGAAGCUUAGACAAUCGUAGCUUAGACAAACUAAUAGCUCCAAAUUUGAAUAACACUGGCUCUGGGUUGAUUGAUUUCACACACCUCUCAAAGCAACUCGAAUUAAUUCUGCAAAGCCAGAUGUUUUAAGAACUCCUCCAAGCAGUGGUAGACCAGUAGGAGAGUUUCGUUGUAAUAAUUCAAAACUCAGUACAACACAACGCAUGUUGCUUCUGUGAGUGACCACCUCUUGAGGUAUAAAAUCUGCUCCAACUUUGACAUCAACUAAAAUGUUAACGCGCAGAGACCCGCACAAACAGACGGACGCCAAGUUUGCAUUGCUGGGCGCAAGGAACGUGGGAAAAUCUGCAAUCGCAGUGAGGUUCCUCACGAAACAUUUUAUAGGCGAGUAUGACUCAUCUCAAGACUUUACGUAUCAGUUCAACACGACUAUUGAGGAUGAGCAGGCUAAUCUGGAGAUUAUAGACCCAGGUCCUGAGUCAAGAAGUGAACAAACUUUUGGAAGUCGGGCAAUCUGGGCCGACGGUUUGAUCCUUGUCUACUCAAUAACCGAUCGGAAAAGCUUCGAGGAAAUACAACAAAUCUAUAAUCUUAUCGAUCAAUUUAAGCAGAAAACAGUCGUCAUCAUCUUCGGGAAUAAAUCAGAUCUCGAACACAAACGACAAGUACUCGAAAAAGAAGCCGCUUCAUUUGCACAAAAGUUGCAAUGCUCUUUCUAUGAAGGUUCGGCAUCCGAAGGACAUAUGAAGAUCUCCGAGGCAUUUCACGAGCUCUACAAAGAGGUCGCUAAGAGGAAAAAAGAAAGAAAGGGUUCUCUUUCACCUCGCCCCUUACGAAAUGCUCUUGGGAAAGUUUUCCGAAGAAAUAGCAGUAAAAACUUGCCGAUGCCACCUGGAGCACUCACUACAUAGGUAGAUCUUAAUUUGACCUGUCAUCUCCCACGAUCUCAUUUGCAAUCCUCCCUUAAAACUGCUAGAUUUACUUUACAAAUCAGUUCAGAGAAUUUGGUAUUACAUCAACUGGA